CACAUUGCUUUGAUCCCUCCCCUCCCCUCUCCUCUCUUCUCCCCGUCUCGCUCUCGCCCCUCAACACCAAGAGAAGGCUUUGGUUCUUGGGCGAGAAAGAUCGAUUCAGGAGUGCCGAGUCGAUCGAUCACAAAGAACUCGAUCAUCCGGGUGCUGGAUUACGCCAUCUCGAGCUAGACGAGCAGCGAUCUUGUUGUGGAUCGAACAGAUGAUGGCGAUGAAGGGCUACUUCCGGGCGCCGAGGCUCCACGGGAGGAAGCAGCAGCAGGUGGCGCAGCGGGGGGAUCAGACUACUUACGGCGGGGAGAGCCCGAGCGCCGCGCUGCUCGACGCCGGCGACGAGCUGGCGGGGGUGCCCAGGGGGUACUUCGCGGUGUACGUGGGCGCGGAGGCGCGGCGGUUCGUGGUGCCGACGAGCUACCUCCGCCAGCCGGCGUUCCGGGACCUCAUGGAGCGCGCCGCCGAGGAGUUCGGCUUCGCGCAGGCCGGCGGCAUCCGCAUCCCGUGCCGCGAGGAGGACUUCGAGGCCACCGUCGCCGCGCUCGAGGACGCUGUUGCGGCACGCCGGCGACGGCGGCCCGGCAGGGUCGGCACGGCGGCGGCCAAAUUGCCCAAGGCCUGGUCGUUGUAGCAAGCUAGAAGCCGGGCAGCCAUGCGUGCAGAAUUCCAGUCUUGGAAAUCAAGAUCGUGAAGAAAGCAAAGGAUUAUUUUCAUCUGAUCUCAAACUGACCUGAUUAACUCAAAUCAGUGGAAGCACCCUUUGGUUUCUAUUAUGCUAUACCUCAUUAGGCAUUAGCUACAUAAUCUGUGGAGUAAUCUUGAAACCGUUUUCUACCGGAUCAGCUCAGUCUGAGUUUCUGGAUCCUGACGAGCAGGACUCGUGUUGUGUAACAGACUCUAUUUCUUCUUAAUAUAAAGAUACCCAACUCUUCUACGUA